UCAUGCAUACGCCAAUGUUCAAAUCAGCGACUCACAAAAAGAAGUAGCAUUGUUGCUGUCCGUGGAUGAUUGGAAUUAUGAGGUUGUUUACUGGUUGUUUAACUCCUGGAGAAAAAACGAUAGUAUGGCCCUGCCAGAUGUGAUGGAUGGCAGAAUUCCAUUCAGUUAUCCCACCAAAUUCAAAGAGAUGAACACCAAGGUUUGCUCUCUGGCCAGGAAGCUCGGAGAUAAGGGACCUGUGAAUGAAAAAGCGGGUAAAAGGAAACUUUUGGGCAAAGACUCAGUCAGAGACGUGCUAUCUGACAUGAUCAAAAUUGUGGAGGAGGAGAACCUACCGCAAUACUUUUUGGAAUUUGGUAUAGAUGACGAUGUAAAUAUUAUUUAUCAUUUACUUCCAGGGUCGCUGAAGCCUGAGUGGCUUCAUGAUCUUGCUCAGGAUGGAGGUGCGGACUGGGAUGACAUUGCAGAUGCGAUCUGGAACUUUUUGUCUCAAAGUUUUGCAGAGUCGAUGGUAAGGCUUUUUUCAACUAGCAUUCUUGCACAUAUAUGUAAGCGAAAUGAUGAAUAUGUUCUGGAAACAAUGACCUCAAGAGGAGAGAGUUUCAUGUUUGCCUCUUCCGUUCUCUUCAAUCUCUCUUUGUUUCGAGAACACAUAAUCCACACACCCCUCGCACACGGUUGCGAAGACACGUGUGCUGAUAAGAUGAUAGAGCACGUAGCAUCGAUCUGCAGGAGAGAUGAUCUUGCACGUUUCAAGCAGACAUUGCAAAGCAACGCAAUGUGGAGGUGCAACAACCAGAUCGGAAAUUAUGAUCUUCUAAACAAGCUUCUAAUCACUGUAGCCGGUGGCCAUCCUCAUAGUCUGUUGGAAAAGAGGGCAGAAAAUGUUAUAUUGCUGGUAAAGAGUUUGUUAGACUGCGGAGCUCAGCUUGGAUCGAUGUAUUUAAUAGACCGGUCAUUGACAGUCCUUGAACAUGCUGUAAAUUGUGUUGAAGAUGACGACACUACAAAAAGGGUUGUAGAAUUUUUGCUCAAGGAAUGCAACGCAGGACAACAAUUGAUAAAUACUCCAAACAAAUAUGAUUCUGAACGGACUCCUCUUCAUGUUGCUUCUCAGCGGGGUUACGCUAAUACGUGUCAUUUGCUUCUUGAGCACGGAGCUAAUGCAGAUGUUCAAGAUAAGCAGAACCGGACUGCUUUGUACAUUGCUUCUGAGAAUGGGCAUACUGACACGUGUCGUUUCCUUCUUGAGCACGGAGCUAAUGCAGAUGUUCAAGAUGACCGAAAACGGACACCUCUGCACAUUGCUGUUAGGCGUGGGAAUGAUGCACUUGUAAAUGUAUUAAUGAAACAAGAGAAAAUUGGUGAUGUACUUGAAUUAAAAGACGAUUUGGGAAAAAGCCCUUUAGAUAUGGCGGUUGAGGAGGACGACGAUAUAAAAUUAAUAGCAAAGUUGAUAUCAAAGUUCAGAUCCCCUGAAGAUUAUUUUGAUAUAGUGGAUCUGCAACAGCUUCUACGUUACUCUUUUCUGGAAGGGUCUGACCGUAUUGUUGACAUUUUGUUAGAGAAGGGAACAAAACUGCCAGCUGGUGAAUGUGAUGAUGAAGGAAAAUCAGUUUUGCAUUUGGCUGCUAUGUGUGAAGAUGUCGACAAAGCAAUUACAAUGUUCAACAUUGCAUUUGAACAUAUUGGUAAAAACGAAAGCUUGGUGCUCAAGUGCGACAAAAGAGGGAGGACUGCUCUCCACGAGGCCGCUUUGAAUGGAAAUGAACAGCUCUGCCGUCGUUUGAUGUCCAUAAAUCCAAAAGUAGCAUAUUUGAAAGACAGGGAUGGCCGGAACCCUCUAUACGACGCAGCUAGCGCAAAACAUGAUGAGAGAUAUAUUAUACAGAUGUUACUUAAUGUAUAUUCCGUCAAAGAUAUUUUUCUAAAUGAUUUCACAGAUCGGAACGGCUUGACACCAUUGCACAUUGCUGCUUCACAAGGGAAAGGCAGCCUGGUCAGAUUCCUCCUUUAUCUUGCACAACGAGGCGUGGAAUAUUUGAAGCUAAGUGAUUUCCUUGGUCAAACAGCUCUUCAUAAGGCUGCAAAUUGUGGAGACUACGAUACACUAGAAACUCUGUUGAAUGAAGGUGCCCAUCCAUUGGAAGAACGGGAUUGUGAUGGUCGGAUUGCACUUCAUUAUGCUGUGAAAGCCAAAACUGAAGGAGACAAAAGUAAAUUGAUUGACUUGUUAUUACAGAAAUGCAAAACUGAUGAAGAGAAAUGGCUCUUCUUGUGGGCUUCUGCAGCAGGCAUAGGUACCGCUGACGAGAGUCUCAGCAAUGAUGAUCCACUUCACCAAUUCCUCGUAAAUAAAAGGAAUGAAAUUAAAGGGAAUUUGAAGACUAAGAAUUUGUUGAAAACAGCUAUUUCUGCCGGAGAUAUAGAAAUGACUAAAGAAUUGAUUGCUAGAGGUUAUCCAAUUGCAGAUAUUUCGGAUCCAGAAUGGAGGGGAAAAUUAACAGAAGAAAAAGAAAAGAAUGUAAAGAAAGUUUUAAGGCAACUUGAAAGGAUUGCUGAACAAGCGAAUGACCAACCAACAGUGUUAGACAAUCUCGGGAGAAUUGACUAUGCACAAGGUCUUGCUGCAUUACUUUUGAAUCCUUACAUAAAACCUCCCAUUGUUGUUGGAAUUACUGGAACCUGGGGAAUGGGAAAGUCGAGUUUAAUGGUUCAGACAGAAAGUAUUAUGCUUAAAACAGCAGCUCAAAUGGCAUUGUUGCCAUAUGCAAAAUUAUCAGGUUUAGCUUCAGAAUUACCCGAGAUCACAACCUUUGAAUUAUCCAAAAAAGGGAAAAAGAAAUAUGAAGAAAUAAAGAGAUAUGUGGACUUUGAACAAAACAGCAAUGCAGUUUUAUUUUGUACCAUCAUGGAUAAAAUUUUGAGGUGGUUAAAGAAAAGCACAAAAACGAAGUCCGAAGCAGAGAACGGACAUAUUAAGCAAGACUCUCUUGUGGAAUUCCUAAAUAGUUACAAAGUUAAAUAUCGUAAAAUGUUCAAAUCACUUGCUGCAAUGGAUAACACAGGCAUGUUCACAACAAGAAUCAGAGAAGAUCAAGAACAACAAAAAUCAAAAUCAAUGUGGAAAAUGUUUACAACUAAUUAUCAACAAUCAAAACCAAGUCUCCAAAAAUCAAAAACAGAUUUCCUAGUACAGGAAAGCAUCCCAUCUGUUUUGACUGUUCAGUAUAAUGCAUGGAAAUAUAAAAACGAAACAGAAGCAUUGGCAGGAAUGGCAGUUGAGAUCACCAAAGAGUUGGAGGGUACUAUGACUCAGGCUCAGUGGCUCUCCACUUGUUGGAGAAAUACUUGGGACAAGAAAAAAUACAAUAUAUGGGUUGAAAUUAUUUACCCAUGCCUUCUUGUAGUGGUUUUGGCAUGCACUAUUACUUGGAUUUUAUGGGUUAUUUUGGACAAGUCAAACAAGCUUAAGGAUUGGGACAUACCGAAAUAUGCAUGUUUACCAGUAGGUAUAAUCAUUAUUGGAUGGAAGGUCACAAAGUCAGUACUAGCAAUUUUAAAACCAGUGAGUACUCAGUUAAUGAGCUACAUAUCAUUCCCAGAUCACACAGAUAAAUUGGGUUAUCAGGAAAGGGUGAUAUCAGAUAUCACUUUUUUGAAAGAUGAAAUCGGCAAAAGGCCAUAUAUUGUUUUCAAGGCGUAUUCCUGUGUAUUAACUAUGAUUUCUACACUGUGGCUCCUAUUUUUUGAGUGGUGGGUUGCACUCUUGCCUUUCCAUUGUAGAAUCUUUGGGGAGAAGACCAUGAUGAUUCCAAAAAUAGCCCCUGCAUUUGGCACUAACCUGCGAAUAAUUGUUUUUAUUGAAGACCUUGAUCGGUGUCAAGAAUCUGUGAUUUUGGAGGUUUUAUCAGCCAUCAAUCUUGUUUUGGCAGUGUGUGAAAUAAGCGUGGUGCUAGGAAUUGACAAAGGACACAUAGAAAGAGCAGUAGUUGGUAAACAUGGAGAUAUGGAAACUAAUAGGUCAAAUAUGGAUAAUCAGGAAAUAGCAGAAAAGUAUCUACAAAAAAUAAUACAACUUCCACUCAACCUCCCUGACCCUAGCGAAGAGCAGUCCAGAAAGUUUUUGGAAGGACAACUGGGUGUUUUCAAAGAACAAAAUGAAGAUGCUGAUUCAGAAUUAAGACAAGGCACAAGCAUGGCCAAACCAUCAAGACAAAAAACAUUUUCAAGACAGAAAACAUUUUUAUCAGAUGCUAAGAAGUCAAAAUCAUCUUUAUGGGAUGAUUCAGAAAGAUCAGAACCAGAACCUACAACCACGGCUGCCAGAUGUAGCAAUACAAGGUUUCAACUUUUAAAAGGGAAGAUUACAAAAAUAUUUUGUGGGAGGACAGAUAAAACAGAAGCAACGAGUGAUGCAGCGCCAAAUCAAUCUAGUCAAACAAGAAGAGGUGGUCAACAAGAAGUAUCCAUUGGUAACAGAAAUCAUUGGUCCGGGAUUCCUAUUACAGAGAUGCUAUUCGUCAAGUAUAGUAAAGGCGAACAAGAUGCAUUUUGUUACUUUCAGAAUCUGGCAACUGAUAGUAGAAAACUUCCUCGAGAGUGGAAGCGGCAUCUCAAUUAUCAUAGACUAGUGUGGUACAUAAUUUAUCUAACAGGAGAAUACAAGGACCUAGCAGGCUGGCAGGUACAAUUGAUUACAUGGAUAUUUAUUUGUUGGGAAUGGCGAGAAAACAUGGACUUUAUCAUUCAGAACUGGAACCACAUUAGGACUUUGAAAAGUUUUUCGUCCAAUGGACCUUCAUUGCAAAUGAUUAUAGAGCAUUUUAUGGAACUUGAUAAUGAUGAGCAGAUCUUGAAGAUGACAGGGACUGGCCAUAAAAAAGAAGAAACAGAAAAGACCGAUGUUUCUACAGAAAAAAAAAAUCAGAUAGAAAACAAUAUUGAUGAUCAGGAAAGAAGCAAAAGGGAUGGUCCAGAAAAGUUAGACACUGUUGUGAAAGAACAACUUAGUACAUUAGAGAUAACAUCAAACACUGAGCUGAAGAAUGAAAUUCAAGAUCUAAAAAAAGAAAUUCAAGAUCUAAAAGAUGGGGUCAUGAAACAACAAAGUACAUUAGAGAUAACCCUAAAAGCUGAAUUAGAUAAGCUGAAGAACGAAAUUCAAGAGCUAAAAGAUGGGGUCAUAAAAACUGAAUUAGAUAAGCUGAAGAAAGAAAUUAUUCAAGAGCUAAAAGAUGGGAUCAUGAAACAACAAAGUUUGAAGAAUGAAAAGAGGGAGGAGGAAAAGAGGACGAGGCUAAAACGUUGGGGGUCAAUGAGGUCAGCAUUGGACAAAUAUGACGUUUCCAUGGAAGGCAUCCAGGUUUUUCAAAGGUUUAGAUUUUACUGCAUAGCUGGGCAUCUCUCAUGGCCUUUGCUUGAACAAGUUUAGAGAUAAAAGAACAUUGAUAAUUAUGAGGAUUGGUAGUUCUCAUGUUGCAAUAUGUAUAUGAAAUAUUUGUUUGUUAAUUUUUUCGUUUUGUCAUGUAGACUAUGUUUUUAGGAAGUCUGUCUUUUGUUGUAGUAAAGACUUCUAUGUAUUCAGGCAAUUAAUGUUCUUUAUCAUUAUAUGAUCAAGUGAUCAAAUAAUAUACAAUUUGUUGAGAGCUGGAACAA